CGGUGGGUCACGUGGUGCUCCGUGUCCACGCGAGGAGCGUCGGUUUGCGACUGGCCCGGGCCUCGUGCUGCGGCGCUGGAGGUGAGGGGGACAUGGCUGGGAGAGCGGAAUUCAAGAUUAACGAGAAAUUUGCGCAGAAAUACGAGAAAUACCGACAGAAAGAGGAGCUGCAGCGCUUGAAGGACCGCUAUGGAGAGCAGCCCGAGGAGAGCCAGUCGAGUUCCUCUGACUCAGAAGAAGAGAGUGAUGUGGAACUCGACCCCAACAUCGAAAGAGACUUUUACCGAACUCUCUCUUUGCUGAAAAAGAAGGAUCCCAAGAUCUAUCGGAAGGAUGCGACGUUUUAUGCUGCAGAAGCAUCUGCAGCUUCUGAAGAUGCUCAGCCUUCGACUUCGAAGACUGAGAAACCGAUGUUCUUGAAGGACUACGAGCGUAAAGUGAUCUUGGAGAAGGGAGGUAAAUAUGAAGAUGAAGAAGAUGACAGUGAUGGAGACCCUCUAAAAACGUGUGAGAGAGCUGCCUCUCCCAGCUAUAUCCAGGAGCAGAGAGAGCUGAAGGAGAGCUUCCAGAAGUUUAUUCAGGAAAGCGAUGAGGACGGCGAUGAUGAGGACUCUCAGUUGCUGAGACCAAGGAAGAAAACGCAAGAGGAGAAGGAUAAAGAGGAAGCAGAUUACACUGAAUGGCUUAAAGGUCAGGCUGAGCUGCAGGAGAGAGACGAGGUCCAGGACAUGAAAUACCUGAGAGACUUCUGGAAUGACCCUGAGCUGGACGAAAAGGAGAAGUUCCUGAGGGACUAUAUCCUAAACAAGGGCUACUUGGAGGAGGAUGAGGACAGCAGGAUCCCCACCUUUGAUGAGGUGGUACAGGAGGAGGUGGAAGACUCAGAGGAGGAGGGCGAGUCCUUCUUGGAAAAACAGGAGGAUUUUGAGAGGCACUAUAACUUCCGUUUUGAGGAGCCAGAUGGCCAUCAGAUUAAGACGUAUCCACGCACUAUUGCCACUUCAGUCCGCAGCAAGGAUGAUCGGAGGAAGCGCAAGAGAGAGGAGGUGAAGGAAAGGAAGAGGAAGGAGAAGGAGCAGAAGCGGGAGCAGUUAAAGCAGCUGAAGAACCUGAAGCGAAAUGAGAUUGUAGAGAAGUUGCGCAGGCUACAGGAGCUCACAGGGAACAAGGAGCUGGCAUUCAGCCAAGUGGACCUGGAGGGGGAUUUUGACCCCCAACAGCAUGACCAGCUUAUGCAGAAAUUCUUUGGAGAUGAAUAUUACGGGCAGGAAGAGGAGGAGAAACCACAGUUUGACGAAGAGGAUAUGGAUGAACACUGGAACUGGGACAACUGGACUGGUGAAGGAGAGGGAGAAGAAGAAGGAGGUGAUGGAUUGGCAGAGGAAGAAUAUGAUGACUACGAGCCCAAUUGUGAUGAUCCUGACUUUAUUAUGGAUGCAGACUAUGACCCCAGCCAGGAGCCAACCUCCAAGAAGAAGAAGCGAAACAAGGAGAUAGCUGAGAGGAAGAAGAAGAAUAUGACAAAGGAUGAUGCCCUUUUGAUGGGGAAGAAGAGAAAGAAAUCCCACUUUGCCAGCGUUAUCACUAAGAGCAAGCCUGUUUUUGACCCCCAGGAGAAGACGUUUGAGCAGUACCUGGACGAGUAUUACAAGCUGGAUUACGAGGAUAUCAUAGAUGACCUUCCAUGUCGAUUCCGCUACAGACAGGUUGUGCCCAACGACUUUGGCCUUACUACAGAAGAGAUCCUGGAAGCUGAUGAGAAGGAGCUGAAUCGCUGGUGUUCCCUGAAAAAGACAUGCAUGUACAGAUCUGAAAGGGAGGAGAUGAGUGACCAGAAGAACUACAAAAUAAAAGCCCAAAAUGAAAAGAAGAAGAGGGAGGUUUUGCAUUCAUUAUACAUGGAGGAGGAUGCAGAUAAUGAGCAAGUAGCAGGUAAGCUCAAAGUGGGGAAGAAGAGAAGAGACCGACUGAAAAAGAAAGAGGCAGAGAGAGAGAAGGAGGAGGCUGGAGACGUAGGGGACGAGACAACAGGAGCAGACCUGUUCAAAGGCAAUGAUGUCAAAUCGAUGAUGCAAUCAGGAGCUGAAGAUGAUGAUGAGGAAGAAUUCCUUGUACCAAAGGAGAAGAAAGUUGAGGACUGUGUGGAAGCUGUUGUCUCUGAAGUGAAGCGAGGACUUCCCACUGAUAAGACCAAGUGGCCCAAGAAGAAACGUAGGCACCCAGGAAGACAUCUCAUUUCAGGCUCAAUCAGGGUGAAAAUGGGUGGCAGGGAGUUCAGUGGACAGAGACUCAAGGCCUAUGGGCUCAAUCCCAAGAAGUUGCGAUACAAGCAGCUUAAAAGGCAGAAACGGAAAGUGGAAGAGAAGAAAGAAAGGAAAAAGAACUUGGAGGGAGUGUCUUAAAAAAGACUGCAUUCUCUUUCUUCCUUUGUGGUACCAAGGUCCAGAAGUACCACAACAGGAUCCUUAUGAUGUUGCCUCAUGCAGUAAUCCAUGUUUUAUAAAGAAAAUGGACUGCUUUUUUUCAGCCCAUGGAACUCUGAGGUUUAAUUUCAUUCAUUGUCAAUCUUUUUAUUCAAACUACAUACUGCUUAAUAACCUUUGAAGAGUACAGUUGCUGAAGAAAUUAACCUGUUUUCUAUCUGAAGAUUCUUGCUCAAGGAUGACCCAAUGUAGGCAAAGAUGCCCUAAAAUGACAUAUUUAAUAAAUUUUAUAUUU